GUCAUCUCCAUUGAGCCGCAUAAUUGAUUACCAGAAAGUUUACAGGCACGCGCGUGUGAAUUGCGGCGCACUGACCUUCCUGUCAAGCACGUUUAGAUUGUUCUGAGUGACUUUACGCCAUGAUCGCUUGAAAACUCUACACAUAUCUUACUGAGCAAUCAUUUAAGAAAAUGAGCACCGACCCUGAGUCUGCGCAAGGCGGGGAGCUGGAGGCGCCGCUAUUGGCGCCCGCGUCGUCUGCGACAGCAUCUGCGGACUUCCGGCACAGCGAUGUGCAGCCCCUCAGAAGCAAUUUCUGGGACUGCACCACCAACCUGACAAAAGUCAUUUUGGGAGCGGGCAUCAUGGCUCUCCCUCGUGCUGUGGCGCUGUUGGGCUGUGGGCUGGGCAUGUCGCUACUCGUGGUCGUGGGGUUACUCACACACUUCACAGUGCAUGGCCUGGUGCUGGCCUCAGACCGGUGCCGCCGCGACACCUACAGCGGCCUGGUGCGCACCGCCCUGGGGCCCAUACCGGAGAAGUUGCUGCAGAGCACGCUGCUACUAGGCUGCAUGGGCUUCGAGGUGGUCUACAUUGACAUCAUCGGUGACCUGCUGCUCGGCGAUGCCCCCACCUACGAUGGCCUCAUCACCACAUGGCUACCUCAGGAGGACAGGCAACUGUGGUGGGUGGGGCGGCAGCUGGUGCUGGCUGUGCUGGCUGUUGGCGUCCUGGCGCCACUGGCCUCCAUGCGCACCAUGGGCGGCCUCGCCGUGCUUAACCUGAUCGGCCUUGCGUCGCUCGCGGGAUUCGCGGGAGCUACCGUGUGGCUGGCUGUGGCUGCCAUCACCUCGGGCCGCGCUUACGAGCUGCCUCUGGGCCCCGACCUGCCGUCGCUCGGCAGCACGACUGCGCAGCAGGUCACCGGCGCCCUGGCAGUGGUGCCUAUCCUGCUCACCGCGGCCUCCUGCCACCAGUCGGUGCACCCGCUGCGGGCGAUGCUGGUGCCCUACAGCCGCGCACUCCUGGACAAGGUGGUGGCUACCUCCCUCACCCUGGUCACCGCACUGUUUGUGGUGGUGUGUCUGUCUGCCUACACGGCGUUCGGCCCCAACGUGCGCGGCAACUUCCUCAACAACCUGUCGCCUGCCGAGCUGGCGCCGCUCAUUGGCACCACCGCCGCCAAUGUUGUGUCGCUGGCCAUCAAGGCCGGCUACGCUGUGUCGCUUGUAGGAUCGGCCGUGCUCAUCAUGUUCCCCCUCAGGCAGUCGCUGCUGGAGCUGGUGGCGCCGUCCGCCGUGCUGCCCGGCUCACCGCCCGUAUCCACACGGCUGUACCUGUCCUGCACGUACGGCCUGUUGGCGUGCGUGUAUAUGAUCGCCGUGUACGUGCCGUCCAUCUGGGACGUCAUCUCUUUUGUAGGCUCUGUUGCCUGCACCAUCAUGUGCUUUAUCAUCCCCGCCGCGCUGCUGGUCAUGUUCGUGGACAAGCCCACACUGGCGGACCGCCUGCAACGGCUUGCCGCGUGGGCCGUGGGCCUGCUAGGCUUGGCGCUCUUCCUCAACGUCUUCGUCGGCCUUUAUCUGUCCGCCACGCAGCCCCAUGCCAAGCCGUUGCCACCUUCCUUGGUUGGGGUAGAGGAUGUGGCGGGGCUAGCGGGGGCAGGUAGCAUGGCAAUGUCGCUGCAUGCCUGGUUGUGGCGUGCGGCGGCGCGCGUGGCGGGCCCGGGCUCGGACGGCAGCCUACGGGAGGUGCUGCGAUGGGCUGGCUGGGGGGCGUAAGCCGCUACUACUGUAUUCAUCCUAUUGUUGUCAUGUUACGCUGGUGUUUGUUUGUCAGCCCGAAGUUUGCUCGGUUGGAGUGCUGAGUGCAGCACCGAAGUGUGAGGUUCGAGGUGCGUGUGAUGAAUGGCGGUUGCAGACCGCACGGCCUUCGGUAAGGCUGAGUAUGAGGGCGGCAAGGCCAGUCCACAGCGCGAUGGCCCGGCUGAAGGUGGUCAGUGGAAAUGACAAGCCUGGACAAGUGUUCCCCGGUCACGGGAAAAGGGGCUGAGCCCCUCCACAGUCUAAGGCCGAACAACCUCAUCGCCCGGACAUAGCCCGGGUCGGUUUCCACAGGCACAUAGCCAAACCAGGUGCCUAGCAAUCGCGAUGCCACGUGGCGUGAAUGGCGAGCGAGGCUGAGUGAACGUGCGGUGCGGCAAGCGUGGGCGGUGCUGUGACGCCCACGGUGCCCUUACGAGGCGGACGGUGAUAGGUCGUCGAAAUGCCACACGUUUGGGGCUUUGUGGUGAACGGGGCCGGGGCUCGCAGCUUGUUGACAAGGUGGCGAACCGAAUCCCAGCAGUCCUCCCAUGUCGCAACCCGCGGGUGGCAUGCGGCCGCCCUCACCCUUGGCCCUGUCGUGAUACGACCUCUACCCCA